AUGCAAAGUCAACCACCACCACCAUACCCAGGUCAGGAGCCCACACCGAUCCAGGUGAAUGUGAUUCACGUACAGCCAGUGGCAGGCCACUAUGUGACUGCAAGUGGAGACACGGUGCUGAUUGGUCAGCCUGUCGGUACUGAGCCAGCAUUGGUUGUCUGCCAAUCCUGCAGGCACCAGAUCAUCACAACGACGGAAAUGCGACCAACUGCUCGAACACAUUUAUGGGCCUUCUGUCUUUUUAUUAUCGGGUGCUGGCCUUGCAUGUGCAUACCUUACUGUACUCCAAGCUGUAUGAACAUCGACCACUACUGUCCUAACUGUAGAGGUUACAUCGGCAAGUACGAGUUUUGA